AUGCAAUACGUGGUAGCCGCACCGUCCCCAGGCAUUGCACGCUGUGCGACUGCAGAAUUAUCAGCUGGUGGGAGCACACUCUCCCAGGAAUGCCGUAUGUGCACAUGCCCCGGGCCAAGCCGCCAGGGAGAUAAGCCGAUCGCCUUGCCGCAAUCAGCAGGCUCAGUUGAAGAGAAAAUGCGCAUGCAGCUAAGUGUGACAAAGUUUAACUUCGUUGAACAGUUAUCUUGUGCAAUAGUAUUGGGUGACACAUGCCGCAGUGGACGAGUUCCUGGAACCAGUUGA